AUAUUGGCUUUAUUAAUUACUUAUUGAAAGGGACUUAAGCAUUCACUGAGAUUCUGCUAAGAUGAGAGCAUUACUUAGUCUAUUUCUUCUGACGUGUGUUAUUGCUGUACAGGGUCAAAUAUUUGGAAGCCGACAUGGACCUCCCCCAAUAGAUGUUCCCAUCGGUAGAGCCAGUUCACCCGUGUGGGCGAAUAUAACCCAAAAGGUUGAUCAUUUCAAUCCUGCGAAUAAAAGAACAUGGACAAUGAGAUAUUUAUACAAUGACGAAUGCUUUAAGAGUGGUGGCCCGAUAAUAAUAUUUCUUGGAGGUGAAUGGGUCAUAUCAACCGACAAUCUAAUGGCCGGAGCAGUAUACGACAUAGCAUGUGCAAAUGGUGGAUAUAUGUUCUAUACUGAACACAGAUAUUAUGGGAAAAGUCAGCCAACCAGUGAUUGGAGUUCUGAAAGCUUAAAGUACCUUUCGGCCGAUCAGGCUCUAGCAGACAUAGCCUACUUUAUCCAAUACCAAAAGAAAAACGUCGAAGCCUUGCAAAACAGUUCAGUCGUAGCAAUUGGAAUUUCUUAUUCUGCAAGUCUUGCCACGUGGGCUCGCAUCAAGUAUCCUCAUUUGGUUGACAUUGCUUAUGCCUCCAGUGGCCCACUUAAUUCAAAAGUAGACUUCUAUGAAUACUACGAAGUAAUCAACGACAAUCUGGCACGCGUUUCAUCAUCAUGUUUGAAUGUGAUUAAAUCAGCAACUUCGGAAAUUGAGAGUUUACUUGAAACCGAUGAAGGUAUUGCCAAUGUGUCAAAGUUAUUCAACACUUGCCAAACAAUGAACGUAACGGAGCCCGCUCGUUCUUUCUUCUUCAAUAGAGUAGCAGACGUUUUUGCAACAUUAGUACAGUAUGCGAUACCGGGUGAUAUCGAAAGCGCUUGUUCCCAAAUCGAAAAUGCGACAGGUUCUAAUGCAGAAAAGAUGGCUUCCUAUGUCAGAGCACAGCGUGACUCCUGCAUGUUACUAUACAAUAAUUUCUUAGAUCUGUACACAUCUCCUAAUAUAACAUUACGUGUCAAUCGCCCGUGGAACUAUCAAUUUUGCACACAAUUUGGUUGGUUUCAAACUUCGACAUCCAGUAAACAGCCUUUUGGUAACACGUUUCCUUUGGACUUAUAUCGUCACCGUUGCGAAGAUUUAUUCGGAGUGAAAUACAAUGAAACAGUGACGAGUAAUGGUGUGGAAAGAACAAAUUUUUUCAAUGGAGCUGUUACUCCAGAAAUAUCCCGAUACAUUUCAGUGCAAGGUAGCGUUGAUCCUUGGAACCCGGUUGGACUCUUGAAAGAUCUUCAUCCUACGGCACUCGGCUUUUUUGUUCAAGGUUCAUCCCACGGUGCCGAUCUCGGUUCCAUAUCAGAUAGUGAUUCCGAGCAACUGAGAAAAACAAAACUUACAAUUCGUUCAACAAUAAAAAAAUGGUUGGACGAAAUAAAAAAUGAAAUAUGACCGGAAAUGCUAUAAUAAUUGUUACAACAACUUCAUUUCAUUUAUAAUUUCUAAUUUCUUACGUCCUUGUAAAAUUAGGUGAACCUACUAUGUAUAUGCAAAUGUGAUGUUUAAUCAGUAAUAAAUAAAAUGAAUGGCGAUUGGGGAA